AACAGUGAAGAUACUCGUCCCUGUCAAGGGUCACUCAUUUGGAAAACAGCUCCCUCGCCAUGAAGAAAUCUGCCGUCGUGGUGGCCGCCCUGGUCACCCUGCAACUCGCCUCCUGCGGUACUUUCUACCAGAUGAUGCUGCGGCUCAACAAGGGCCACAGGAACCUGGUCAAGAACGCCCGCACGGUGUCGUCGCCGAACCAGCUGUGGGCGAUCCUCGACCCGCCCGCGGCCCUUGGCUCCCUCUGGAAUGAGCCGCUCAACUCGAACCGCAUCGUCAGGAGCGCCGAGUUCAAUGACUUCGAGGGCCGUCAGCUCGACGGCGAGCCCGACGUGAGCACGGACGCCCCGGCCGAGCCUGACACGGAGGCGCCGGAAGAAGCCACCGAGGCGCCAGUGGUGUGCGGAGGUGAGGUCCCGACGCUUCUCGAGACCGGCGAGGUAAGAGAGGACAAGCUGCUCAUUAACACGACUGUGGAGACUCCCGGCUACGACGGUGAGGGCUACCCGGCAGACCUCGAGUGCAUCUGGAACGUCAACGUUGAGAGCGGCUGUGCGCUGGGAUUCAUGACCUGGCAGAUAGAUUCCGGCUACAUCCGCUCGACCAGGGGCUGCUCGGAGGACUUCGUGGAGAUGGGCUUUGACGGCGACUACACCGAAAAGCUCUGCGGGACUAUAAAUGAUAAAUCAGGCGCGAAGACUUGGGGUGACCCUCUAAGUACUGAACGCUCUUUGAACAUGCGUUUUUUGGCCGGAACGCGCAGGGGAAAUGCACGUGGAGGAAAAGGCAUCAGGAUUUACAUCAACGGUUUCUGCAAUACUUAUUCCGACGAGUAUCUGGCAGCAGCAGAAGCAGGGGCGGAGACGGCGACGGAGGCGGUGGCGGAGGAUGCCACGCAGAGGAGUGAUCUGGACUGAGACUUCAACGAGGACAACGCCAAGGACGCAGUCGGGGAAGAGGUUUUCUAACUCGUUCAAGAGAUGAUCAACCCUUUAGCUUUCGUUGUCCAUCUUUGUCAAAAGAAAUAGAACUCGAGUCUGUAGAUGCAUUAAAAGAAAAAAGGCAAAUAGGUUUAGUGUUCUUUUAUUUAUUUAUUUAUCUAUUAAUUAUUAUUAUUAUUAUUAUUU